UUAAAUCUACCUGUUCGUUUAAAUCAUAAUGUAUUAAUUAAAAAAUAGUAUACCAUUUUCAUAACUGUUAGUGUAAUAUACAUUUGGACACUAUCAAAUUCUGUUUGUUCCUAUAGAACUAUCAUAAAAAAGAUGAUAUCAUGACUGAAUUUAUAGAUAAAACUGUUGCAUUACAUACUCUGAUGAACUGAUUCAACAACUUUCAUUUAAUAGAGGACUACACCAAACAUCAAAAUGGUUGAGAACUUGACGCCAGAACAAAUUCAAGAAUAUCGCGAAGCAUUUAAAAUGUUUGAUAAAGAUGGCGAUGGCACUAUAACAACAAAAGAACUGGGAACAGUUAUGCGGUCAUUAGGUCAAAAUCCAUCGAGCCAGGAGUUAGAAGAUAUGGUAAAUGAGGUUGACGUUGAUGGAAACGGUGAAAUAGAUUUUGAGGAGUUUGUUAUGAUGAUGGCAAAGAAAGUUCAAGAUGCUGAUACCGAGAAAGAACUUAAGGAAGCAUUUAGUGUUUUUGAUCAAGAUGGAGAUGGAUUUAUAAAUACCAAAGAAUUAAAACAGGUGAUGGCUAAUUUAGGAGAAGAUUUAGCAGAUGAAGAUGUAAUGUCUAUGAUUAAGGAAGCAGACAAAGAUGGAGAUGGCAAGAUUAAUUUUUCAGAAUUCUUUUAUAUGAUGACAUGCGAUGAACUGAAGUUAGUUCUGUUAUAUAUAUAUCCUUACACAUACACUGGUGGGCUUGAAAAAGAAUGGAAACACACAAAUAAAAUGGAAUUAAAAAAGAUAGAAGAUUUAACUCCCGAAGAAGUAACAGAAUUUCGAGAAACAUUUAAGUUUUUCGACAAAGAUGGUGAUGGUACAAUAUCUGUCAGUGAAAUAAGAACUGUCAUGCGCAAUAUUGGACAAAAUCCAACAGAGGCUGACGUAGAAGUCAUAUUGGAACGAUAUGAUGGCGAUGGAAAUGGAAAAUUAGACUUUGAUGAAUUUCUUGAGAUGAUAGUUGAUAAGUUAAACAACCCUGAAACAGAACUUAUGAAUGCCUUUAAACUGUUUGAUAAAGACAAAAACGGAUUUGUCAGUGUGGAUGAGCUUCGAUAUAUCGUUACACAUCUUGGUGAUAAAAUGAGUGACGAUGAAGUACAAGAGAUGUUUGAUGAAGCAGAUUUGAAUAAUGACGGACAGCUAAAUUAUGAAGAAUUUGUUGUUUUGAUGGCAUCAUAGGAAUGGAUUAAUAUUCAUGUCGGAGUUUUUGAGUUUUUGAAACCAGGAGUAAAAGAGUUGAACCUUGAAGUAAAAUUAAAUAUUUGCGAAAUCUUAUUUAACUUCUUACUCGCCGUC